AUGUCGGAUUUUAUUCGUUGUGGUCCAUGUGGUUAUGCGGAUAAUAAUAGAAACGCAGAGAAGUGGUGUACGGUUUGUGAGGAGGGAUUAUGUACAGUUUGUGAGGAGGUUCAUAAAUCUAUCAAAACAACACGGAAUCAUAGGCUUAUAUCCACCGAUGACUUCCAACAGAUAAAAAAUAUAUCUAUCAGCAGUACAUGUAAAGACCAUGACAAGCGACUAGAACUGUAUUGUAAAACACAUGAUGUUGCAGUUUGUUUAGGUUGCGUUCCAUCUCAUCAUAGGGCAUGCUCUGACGUCAUUGCGUUAGAUAAAGCUGCUGAAAAUGCAAAACAAUCAACUGCACUAGCCGAUUUAGAGGACACUUUGAUAAUAGCAUCACAAAAUCUCGAACAAAUCAUUAACGACCGUUCCUCAGCAUUAAAUAAUUUAGACGGUCAAAAGCAAACCAUCAAAGAUACAAUCAAUGAUACACGCGCAAAAAUAAUGAAAAAGUUAGACGACUUAGAACAAAAACUGCUUCUUGAGUUAGACACACAACAUGGUAAAUGUAAAUCCGAACUUAGCAAACUUUUAAACCGUUUAAAAAAUUCGGAACGUGAUUUGAAUUGUCUGAAAGAGCAAACAUCGCAAUUGAAAUCAUUUGCAUCCGAUAUUCAACUUUUUCUUGGAACGCGUCAGAUAAAUAAAACAGUCUAUGAAAAAGUAGAAUCCGUCAAAGAAAGAAUCAAGUCUGUACAGGACUAUGAAGUUCACUUACAGUUACAUCUAGUUGUCAUGGCGUUUAUGAAUCAAAUAGGUCAGCUCGGGAAUAUAUUAGUUAAGAAGACUACCACUAGUUUACCCUUCAAAGAAGCAAAGAUUGAUCAAGCCCAAAUACAACUUCGAGUGCAUGUAAAGAAAACCAUUAACAACAUCCGCUUAAAAUUGAAAAAGAGAUUUAAAGUGAAUAAAACAGGUUUUGGAAUGUGGCUGUCUGGAUGCACCAUGUUAUCAAAUGGUAAUGUGUUGAUUAUUGAUUUCAAGGGACGUGGGGUAGUAAUGGAGUAUAGUGAAAACGGUAAACAUAUCCGUGACAUACAAUGCUCUGGACGACCGUUUGAUUUAACAGUCAUAGACACUGACCGUAUUGCUGUAACGCAUGGAAGGUAUCAGUACAUACAGAUUUUAGAUAUAAAGAACAAUACUGUCGAGAAGAAAGUGGAGUUUGAUAAUGACUGUGACGGAAUAUCAUACCAGAACAAUAAACUUUUUAUCAUUUCAGGAGGCAUUGUAAUAACAGAUAGUACAGGUAAUGUACUCAACAAAUUAAGAGUUGACUGCGGAUUAUUCUUAGAAACAACUAUUGAUAGAAUCUAUUUUACCGACUUUAGGGUUGAUACUGUGAAUUGUAUCUCAAUGACAGGUGAGGAAAUAUGGGCUCAUAAGGUGGAAUUGUUAGGCGGUGGGAGUGGCAUCACUAUCGAUGAUCAUCAAAACGUAUUAGUUAGUGUUGGAAGUUCUAAUUUGCUAACGGUAAUACAGCAUGACGGGAAGACAAGUAAAACACUACUUACCGAAUCGGACGGUCUGGACAAACCAUCUGCUCUACACUACAACAAAGACAAAAAAAUAUUACUUCUGUGUAACGACAAAAAAGAUGCAGCAUUAUACAAUCUUGAAUAG